UGUCAGUACAUAGUGAAUCGCUGUAUUCAUUUUAAAUUCAGGAUGUAGAGUGAAAUCCAGUGUCUGAAAGAAGUGCAGCACUGUUUCGAGUGAACGAGCUCCACAGCCUCAUGAUGGUCUCGGUUUUAUUGUGCUGGGUAGCAGCAGUGCGUCGCGCUCCCUGCGCUCUGAUUGGCUGCGGCCGCGGUGACGCUCUCCGCGUCCUGCUCUCUCGGCCCAGGACGGGGAGGGAGGGAGGGAGGGGAGCUGCAAGUGCGGCCGAGAAAUCAUCAUAACACAGGGGCCAAAAAAAUGAUCCCUUGCACCGUCUUUCCUCAGCUGGAGCAGGUGUUCGCCCUCAACAUGUCUGCAGAAACACAGGCAGCUGCUGCGCCCAGCUCGUGACUGCUUCUCCAGAAGACGUCCUCAGACGGCGCGGCGACGCCGAGCCACAACCCCGUGAGAGUCUCAACUCUGCAGCCCGCAGAGACCGAGCAGGUUAACCCGGAGGCCACGAGCACCAUGCCCGUCCACGACCCCGAGAGCAUCCUGAGCUACCAGAGGCCGGAUGAGGAGGUGGUGGUAGACCAGGGAGGCACCAGCUCUGUGCUGAACAUCCACUAUGAGAAGGAGGAACUAGAAGGUCAUAGGACUCUGUUUGUGGGGGUUCGGAUGCCCAGGCAGAGCCACCGUCACCACAAGCCCCACGGAUCUCGCCACCGCAAAAGGGACAAAAGGGCAGGAAGUACCUCAACACAACAAAGCGAAGGGACUGAGACAACCCCCUCCAGUCAUGACACGCCUUCCCAGAGGGUCCAGUUCAUCCUGGGCACCGAGGAGGAUGCUGAACAUGUGGCCCAUGAGCUGUUCACUGAGCUGGAUGAGAUCUGUGUGAAGGAUGGAAAGGAUGCUGAGUGGAAGGAAACAGCCAGGUGGCUGAAGUUUGAGGAAGACGUGGAGGACGGCGGGGAGAGGUGGAGCAAGCCGUACGUUGCCACUCUCUCCCUCCACAGCCUGUUCGAGCUGCGCAGCUGCAUCAUCAACGGCAGCGUGUUGCUUGACAUGCACGCCGACUGCAUCGAAGAGAUUGCCGACAUGGUGCUGGACCACCAGGAGGCGUCCCAUGAGCUGGACGACAGCGUGCGAAUAAAGGUGCGAGAGGCUCUACUAAAGAGACACCACCACCAGAACGAGAAGAAGAAGAACCUGAUGCCUAUCGUACGAUCCAUCACAGAGGGAUCCCGCAAACAGUCAGAGCCCCAUCUGACAGCCACAUCUCCCCAGCUUCCUCCAGCUACAGAACCAGCGAAGAACGGUGCUGGACAGGACAACCCUCCGGUGGACCUCAGCAAGGUGGAUCUGCACUUCAUGAAGAAGAUCCCAGAGGGAGCCGAGGCCUCGAAUGUGUUAGUGGGAGAGCUGGACUUCCUUGAGAGGCCAAUCGUGGCCUUUGUCCGUCUCUCUCCCGCUGUGCUGCUCACCGGCCUCACUGAGGUGCCCAUACCUACCAGGUUUCUCUUCAUUCUCCUGGGCCCAGAUGGAAAAGCUCAGCAGUACCAUGAAAUUGGACGCUCAAUGGCGACCAUCAUGACAGAUGAGAUCUUCCAUGAUGUAGCGUACAAGGCAAAAGACAGAGGUGACCUGCUGGCAGGGAUAGAUGAAUUCUUGGACCAGGUGACUGUCCUGCCGCCAGGAGAGUGGGACCCCUCCAUCCGCAUCGAGCCUCCUAAGAACGUCCCCUCUCAGGAGAAGAGAAAGCAGCCAGGAGUCCCGAACGGUUCAGCCUGCCAGGUAGAGGAGGAGCUACAUGCUGAGCACCAUGGGCCAGAGCUGCAGAGAACUGGAAGGUUGUUUGGUGGUCUGAUCCUGGACAUCAAAAGGAAAGCUCCCUUCUAUCUGGGUGACUAUAAAGACGGCCUGAACCUCCAGUGUGUUGCCUCUUUCCUCUUUCUCUACUGUGCCUGCAUGUCUCCUGUCAUCACCUUCGGAGGACUGCUUGGGGAGGCGACAGAGGGACGCAUUAGUGCCAUUGAGUCCUUACUUGGGGCAUCUAUGACUGGAGUGGCCUACUCUCUGUUUGCUGGUCAGCCUCUCACUAUUCUGGGCAGCACAGGUCCUGUGCUGGUUUUUGAGAAAAUCCUCUUCAAGUUCUGCAAGGACUACGACCUGUCCUACCUUUCGCUGAGGACCUGCAUCGGCCUGUGGACGGCCCUGCUGUGUUUGAUUUUGGUUGCCACGGAUGCGAGCUCCCUGGUGUGCUAUAUCACUCGGUUCACAGAGGAGGCCUUUGCCGCCCUCAUCUGCCUCAUCUUCAUCUACGAGGCCUUGGAGAAGCUAUUCCACCUGGGAGAACUCUACCCCUUCAACGUACAAAGUGAUCUGGACAAGCUCACACUGGCAUACUGUAGGUGUGCCGAACCUGAUAAUCCCAGUAAUAAAACAUUAGCGCUGUGGAGUGAAGGAAACAUCACAGCGUCUGCUGUACCAUGGGCCAACCUUACUGUCAAGGAGUGUAUCAGUCUGCAGGGCCAAUUUGUUGGCACGGCAUGCGGCCACCAUGGCCCCUACACCCCAGAUGUUCUCUUUUGGUCAACCAUCUUGUUCUUCUUGACCUUCUUCAUGUCUGCCUUUCUCAAGCAAUUCAAGACAAGUCGUUAUUUCCCCACCAAGGUACGCUCCAUGAUCAGUGACUUUGCAGUGUUCCUCACCAUUGUCCUCAUGGUUCUGCUUGACUAUGUCAUUGGAGUACCCACCCAGAAGUUGAAGGUGCCCAGCAAAUUCCAGCCCACCAGAGACGAUCGAGGUUGGCUGAUCAAUCCAAUAGGACGUAACCCUUGGUGGACGGUACUGGCUGCAUCCAUUCCUGCGCUUCUCUGCACCAUCCUUAUCUUCAUGGAUCAGCAGAUAACUGCCGUCAUCAUCAACCGCAAAGAGCACAAACUACUGAAGGGCUGCGGGUACCACCUGGACCUGCUGAUGGUAGGGGUGAUGCUGGCGGUGUGCUCCAUCAUGGGCUUGCCCUGGUUCGUAGCAGCCACGGUCCUGUCCAUCUCUCACGUCAACAGCCUGAAGCUGGAGUCCGAGAGCUCGGCUCCCGGGGAGCAGCCUCGCUUCCUGGGCAUUAGAGAACAGAGGCUCACUGGCCUCGUCAUCUUCCUGCUCAUGGGCUGCUCUGUAUUCAUGACUGGAGCCCUGCAGUACAUUCCUAUGCCAGUGUUGUAUGGUGUUUUCCUUUACAUGGGAGUCUCUUCAUUGAAAGGCAUCCAGUUCUUCGACCGCCUGAAACUGUUUGGCAUGCCAGCGAAGCACCAGCCAGACUUCAUCUACCUGCGCCACGUCCCCUUGAGGAAGGUUCACCUGUUCACCGUCACCCAGCUCACCUGUCUGGUGCUGCUCUGGGUCAUCAAGACUUCACCUGCGGCCAUUGUCUUCCCCAUGAUGGUGCUGGCUCUGGUUUUCAUCCGCAAACUGCUGGACUUGUGCUUCUCUAAUCGAGAGCUAAGCUACCUGGAUGAUUUGAUGCCUGAAUGGAAGAAAAAAAAUCUCGAUGAUGCCUCCAAAAAGAUAGAAGAGGAAUCACAGGUUAUGCUCACUGCAAUGCCGGAAGAUACAACUGCUGUUCAGAUCCAACUGGAGAGCAACAAGCCUGUUCAGACCAUAAAAGCACAUGACCCCAGGUGUGACCCCUCUGACAUUAACAUAUCUGAUGAAAUGUCUAAAACCACUGUGUGGAAAUCCCUCAACUCCAAUCAAAGGGACUCUCGUCCUGUGGCUGCUAAGAAGGAUUGAAGGGAUCACGUUCAUAGACGAGUAAAGGAGGUCCAGAGUCUGGGCAGACUUGACGGUGCCAUUUGACUGUAGUUCUGGAGCAUCCUCAGGAUGCUGCGAUUUGGCUGGCUCGUUUGUCAGCCUCUUCAGUGCUUAGAGAAGCGAGUCUCAGUGAUAUGUACCAGCUACCCGCAACACAGUCCACAAACACUCAGAGACAAGGGUGCUUUACACAUACAGAUAGACACAUGCUUGCACUUUCUUUUAGCUUUGUGAGGACUGGGUAUAUUUAUACAUGCUAUUUAAAAAUCUUAUUUCCCCAAACCAAAAUCCUAAAAUUAAAACCAAUGCUAGCACUGAUCCGUCUGACUCCAUGGCCACAAACUAGCCUGAAACUCAGCCAACUUACCCAUCAUUAUUAUCAAGGCUUGGGACUUCAUUCUCAUUCUAACCUCGCCAACAGUGGUUAGUCCCAAUCACAGUCUUAAUUGACUCGUGGCCUACUACACAUGAUGAUGUCAACCAUCAUCAUCUGCUGCUUCAGUCACUAAACUAGACAGGGAGGGAGAAAAUCUUUCAUGACAACUGCUGAUCAGUGAACAUGCCUUUGGCUCUCCAUCUUAGUUAUCAGGUUGAAGGUUGAUAUAAAGGAUGAAACCUCAAGACCUGUGAGUGACCACCUCUUCUAUCAGCUCCCUUUUAAUUAACUAGUGUAAAGCCGUGAGACUGACUCUGAUAUUGCAAUCUAGAGACAGCCAGUCAUUGUACAGCAUUAAAAAAUCUUGUUGCUCAAUAAAGUGCCAUAUGAAAAAAGGCAUGAAGAGUUGAAUAUUAGUAUUGAACAGCCAGAUCUAAUUUGACUGACAAAAUUCUUCUUCUCUAGAUAAUUUUUUUUUCCCACUCCUUUAGCUAGCCACAGCCAAAGCUGUAAACUGAUCUCCAGCACAGAAAUAAACCAGGAAUGUGUCCAGUUGCCAUUUUAUUAGGUACACCAAGCUAAAACUAUGCACUGUAACACAACAGCCCUGAAAUAGAUCCUAUACCUUCAUGAAGUUUCUUUUGUUUCAUUUUUGUUGAAACAGAAAUUAGCGGUGCUGUUGAACUGCUAUUUUGUCUACCCCUUAUGUAUAAUGGGAACAGACUAAAGACUGGACAAGGUUGAGUUCAUUGCAGCUAAUAAACAUGCAGUGGGGGGUAAUAUGAGGACGAACACUAAUGUCCCCCACUUCUAUUUUUGCCCUCACAAAGUUAGAAGAGCUUGCAUGAACACAUACACACAUACACAAACAACAACAACAAAAACAACAACAACAACCGCUCUACUCCAGUCUUUCAACCUGUUCAUUAGAAACAACACCAAGGUUUCUCCUUCUUGACUGUACAUUUAGCCGGGCUAUAUAUUGGAGUAUAAAUGCUCUUUUAAAAACAAACCAGGUUCUUUUUAAUAAUCCUUGUAUGCUACUCAUCAUUUCUUAAAUCUCAUAGAGUCUCUUUUUAUGAUGUGCCACCAGUGUGAUUUAAAAAAAAAAAAAUUAGUGACAUGCCAAAUAUUGGUCGAUUUUAAAAUUCCAUUUUAGUUCCAGUAAUACAUAGACAAAUCCUGUUUUGCGGCAUAAAACUUUGUGUCAGUUCUGUGUGAUGGUGUAAACUGAAAACUGUAAAUGUUAGAAGACCCACUUCAGUUGAAGUAGUGGCAUCAAUAACUUGUGUUUUUUGAGGUGUAAUAUUUUUCUUGAUGGAUGUUGAAUGUGUAGGAUGGAGGUUUUUCAACCAUAUGAUUGUGAUGUGUAAUGUGUUGGUACAGUGACUUAUUUCUUUACCUCAUACAUGGUCAUGAACGCUAAUGCAAGGCACUGUGUGUGUGUGUGUGUGUGCGUGUGUGCGUGUGUGCGUGCGUGCGUGUGUGAUGGUUCACCAUUUUCUUUUAAGCAAUAAUUCUCCCCAUAUGAAACCCAAAUUGACCUACCACAACUCUUUAUUAAUCAGGUUCCUUAGUUUUUUUUAACCAGUACAACCUUGUUUAUCCAUGCCUGGGUGGAAGGAUGGCUGAUAUUUGAAGCCUAAAAACAAUUUCCUUACAUGUACAUUUUGACAUUGUCAAUUGCAUUCUUCGUGCUGACUUCAGAGACAUGUCAAUUUGGAUAAACAAGGUUCUACUGUGGUGCGCUCCCCCUCAUUUUGUACUAUCAGAGUCACAUCUGAUGCUUGUUCUUACUUGAUUUAAGGUCCACAUUUUGAGUUUCACCUCAAAGCUUGGAGAAGCCAAAGGGAGCACAGGGAUUAUGGUGUGAAAGAAUGAUCUUCAAUAAUUACCAAUAACUUUAUUUGCACUUUCUGUAGAUAAGGCCUUUGUGAUAUAUUUUAUUUUCCAGAGAUAUAUUAAGAAAUGAAAUGAUUUUACAAUGAUUUAUUAUAGUUAUUUAUUUUUAGAAAUAAAAUUCAUGCUCUCAUUACUUUCUGUAUAUACUGUAUAAAGCUAAGUGAGCUAAGAGCAAGGCUGAGUAAUGAACCACGUAAAUAAUGCUUCGAAGAAUGUAUCAAUACCACCACAAGUCGUUAUCACAUUGAGAGCAAAGAGCUCUGAUGGCAGACGUCAGGAGUUUGUCUAAUAACUGUCAUUGUCACGUUCGUUUGUCCUUGAUGGAGGACCUGGAGAACCUUGACACUUCUCAAAAUAAAAAUGACUAUUAACAAGAAUAAUCAAGUUAAUAAACUUACUUGGUAACGUUAGUUACACAGCAAUUUCUAUCUUACACUAGCGAAUGCAAGAGUUCAUUCAAGGUUAAGUGAGGCUGUAGCCGAAAAAACGGCUGAGUGUAUUGAAUAGACUACUUAUGUAUUUCAUUACCAAUUAAUUCGAUUUUUCAUGUCAUAAAAGGAGUAAUAGUUUUUCUUUAAAUUAAUCAAUUUGAAUAAAAAGAAAAGCUCAAAUGACUCCCCUUGAAGUCAAAAGUAAGUGUUCUGUGAUUUUAUAAAGUCAUCUAUUUCAAAAUUGAUGCAUUUAAAAUAUCUCAUCCAUUAAUUGAUGUAGUCAUUAACUGAUGUUUAAAAUCUAUUAUCUCCUUGUUUUACUGUCUAAUUAGAUAUCAUUUAGUGAAUUGUUUUAUAUACAGUAUAAUCAUUCUCAAGGUUUCCUAACAGAUUCCACCUCAAUUCUAUUCAAGUGACUUUGAAGCAAAGUACACAAACACAGUAAUCUAUCACUGUAACACCACAUGCAGUCAAACCUCCAGAGACAUGAAUGAAAGUUUCAUACAGGGUGUUUGCUGUCACGUAUUUUGGCUUUAACUCUCUCAUACUUUUGAAUGUGUGUCUUCAUACGUCUGAGGGCCCAUAACUUAACUGUGGAACAACAUGACUAAAUAUUAUUCAUGGUGUAAAUAUAUAUUCACAGAAACACCGGUGAGUGCAAAGAGUAGCCUAAAUAAUGCUGUGGAAAUUGAGGAGGAACAGAAAAACACUUCCAUAUUGGACCAGACUAAAUUGUUGAAAACACUUUUAAACAUCUAGUGUCAAUGACCAUAGAUAUGUUGUAAUAAAUCAUGAAUUUAGUGAUUGUAAUUUGUGAUUUUAAUGAGCAACGUGUCUUAAAGUUCAAUUUCUACUCAUUAAUGUAAACAGUGUUUGAAUGUGUAAUAAACUUAAAGUAAAACGCCUUCAGUAUAUACAUGUGACCGAGAAAGGUCAUCAAUUUCAGUGUGUGUGAGUAUAUAUAUAAAUAUAUAUAUAUAUAUAUAUAUGUGCCUGUCAUAGAAAACCAUUUCCUGUCGUGCUGAUCAUGUUGACCUUUGAUCACCUUUCAUCUGACCAAAAACCUCAUAAAAGUCGGCAAUGAGGCGCAGGCCGUAAAAUAGAAAUGAAUACCUACUGUGUCCCAUUUGGGAGAUUUUAACCAUUUCUUUGUUACAUAAAAAUACAGCAAGAUAUGCGUGUUGUAAAUGUCCUCCUUAAUACAUGCCAACUUCAUUUUUGUGUGUAGAUAUACGUGAUGUCCCUCCAAUGAAUAUGAGACAAAACUAUCUGUUUCAAGUACAAGGUGACUGAACAGCAAAAGGAUGAGAGAGAAAGAUGUUAGAAGGACGAUAUUUCAGGGAGAAGAGCAUCUGGACUUCUGUAACCUUAAUCUUUUGGUCUCUGAGCCGUAUAGCAAGAGCAAUGUCUCUUGAACCACUGGAUGAUUAGUCUGGAGCAAAAUACUUUCACAUGUUUUAUAUGAAUGUCAUUUAAGUUUUGAUUAAUGAAGAAUGGUGAAUAAAUCAUUACAGUUGAAA